AUGGUUGGGAUGGGGUUAGGAAAGGGUUCUCAGGAGGAGGUUGGGAUGGGUUUGCAGGAUGGAUGAUGGAUGGAUGAUGGAUGGAUGAUGGACGCAUGCAUGCAUGCUGCAUCCAUGGAUGGAUGAUAGAUGGAUGGAUGCUGGAUCCAUGGAUCCAUGGAGGAAGGGAUGGGCUCAGUGUACAUUGUAUCCUGGUGGUUAAAACUUUGAGGGGUUUAUAAAUUCAUUUGGGAAUUUCUAAAUUAGUGCUUCUAAAGCCAUUAGGAGCAGAAGCGCUGGGAGAGUUGGGAAUGUUCAGCCUGGAGAAGCUUUGGAGUGAGGGAAAUGGGCCUGAAGGAGCUGUCGGAAGGAUGGAGAGGAAACAUUCCCAAGGGCUGGAGUGCCAGGACACAGGGACUGCCCUCACUGGCAGAGAGGGGGUUCAGAUGGGAUAUUGGGAAGGAUUUCUUGGAUGUGAGGGUGGGGAGGGGCUGGGAUGGAAUUCCCAGGGGAUUUAUGGCUGCUUCAUCCCUGGGGUGCCCCCCUUUAACCCUUCCCAAAUCCCAUUUGUUUGGGGCCAGCCCUUUCCCCGCCCCGGCUCCAGCUGAGCCCAGAGCUUCUCCCCGCCCCCAGAAAAGCAGGAAGAGCUGGGCCACAAAAACCCCGGUGCCUCCUCGGCAGAGGGGACAGCGUGGGGACAGCGAGGUGGUGACACUGCCAGGACACAGCGGUGACAGUGCCAGGACACAGCGGUGACAGUGCCAGGACACAGCAGUGACAUUCCCAGGCCCAGCGGUGACAUUCCCAGGACACGGUGACAUUCCCAGGCUCAGCGGUGGCCGGUGGCCAUGGGCUGUGGGUGCCGGUGGCUGUUGCUGGCGCUGCUGGCCGGGCUCUGGGCGCGGCUGGGCCGGGCCGGGCACUGCCAGGAUGGGCAGCUGAGGCUGGGCUGGGGCGGCGGCACCAAGUGCUGCCCCCACUGCAGCUGGGAGCCAGGAAACCCCGAGCCCUGUGAGGCGGCGCGAGACCCCGACUGCAAAUGUCCCCUAGGCUACAGCUGUGCCGACGAGCCCUGCCAGUUCUGCCAGGAGCUGCCGCGGUGUGAGCCGGGAUGGGAGCCCAGCAGGAUCGGAACAGUGAAUUUCCAGUUCGGGUGCGAGCCCUGCCAGAACGGGAGCUAUUCCAGCAGCAGGAACAGCUGGUGCCGCAACUGGACUGACUGUGAGAGCAGUGGGUUCAUCAUGCUCCGAGCAGGGAACAGCACCCACAACUCCGUGUGCAGCUUACCCGUCAGAGCCCUGGAGCCAGCUCGGAUUCCCCUGGAAUUCUCCUCUGGCUCUGUCCUGGCCGUGCUGGCGGCCGCGGCCGUGUUCGUGCUGGUCCUGCUCACGCUCCUGCUGCACUUCUGCAUCUGGAGCCUCCGCCGGGACAAAACAUUCCCAGCCGGAGAUCCAGGAUACAACUUCCAGCGGGCGCCGCUGCAGCUCCCGUUCCAAGGGGAGGAAUCCCACAGCAUCCAAUUCCCAGAGGAGGAGCACGGGGACAAAACGGCCGAGGAAAAACUUUCCAUCCUCUCCCUGAAAAUCUACAGCGAGCUCAGCUAACGGAUCCCUCCCGGGAUCACCGGGAAUGCGGGGCUGAGCCGGGCUUCCCAAAAAAACCCACGGGAAUGGGAUGGGGUGUGAAGCAUCGCUUCUCUGUAGUUUGGCUUUGUUUUUCCCAAAAAAAUGGGAAUUUAGGGGUAAAAUCCGGCUGAUUCAGGCUGGUGUUGAUUCAGGAGAUCAGUGGGAUUUCCUGGGAUAUCCCGGAUUUCCAGGAUCAGGAAUAGCGGCCGCGUCUCCUGGUUUUCCCUCGGCUUUCCCGAUUGUUCAUUCCCAACCUCAUUCCAGCCUCUCCCAAUCCCAUUCCUGCUCCCACACAAAGAUUCCCUCGGGAAGCUCCUGCUGUGCUGCCAGGGAUUUUCCUGUGCAGGUUCUUCCAAGGAAAAUUGGGAAAAGGGGGAGUGAAGCUCAUGCAGGGAAUGGUCAGAGCUCCAGAAAAAUGGAGGGAAUGGGAAAAAAUCCUGGGAAACGCUCUCAAGUAGGAUUUGGGGAUUUCUGAUCCCUGUGGGACCCUUCCCACUUAGGAUAUUCCAUGAUUUUAUGAUGAAUUCCAGCAGGUUUUGGAAGUUUUUGAGAUGCCGACAUCUGUAUCGAUAAUUAUGGAUCAUUAUGGAUCAUUAGGGUUAAUUAGGGAUAAUCCAGAACGAGUUUCUCGUGUCUUUGGUGGUUACUCAGUGGAAAUCCAUGGAAAUUCCUGGGAUUUCAGAGGGUUUCAAUCCGUGCACAUGGAUUUAAAGCCCUCCUGGAUGAUCCUUGGAUUUUGGGUCGACUCCAGAGAGCCCGGCUGGGAAAUCUGGGAAUGUUCCCCUGGAGCAGGAUUGGGAUAAGGGAUGGAGGGACAGGUCAAUGGGAACGGCUUCCCACUGGAAAGGGGCGGGGUUGGAUCGGAAAUCCGGGAAAAAUCCCUCCCUCGGAGAUUCCAGAAGUUCCAGGGGAGUUCCAGCAGGUGCUGCUGUUUCCCUGGAUUUGGGGUUGGGAUCACAGCUGGGAAUUCCUGCAGGAACAAAGACCCCAAAAGCUGGGCUGGGAAGUUUCAGGUUCCCUGGGAAAAUCUGGGAAAUUCCAAAGGAAAACUCGUGAAAUUCCAAAGGAAAACUCCUUUUAGUAAAGUUUUUUUUUGCUUUUGGGAUUUGGAUUUUUUUGGCUUUCACCUCCAGCGUCAUUCCCAAAUUAUCCCGAGGAAGCUGAGCCUUCUCCCCUUUGGAUUUUUAUCCCAGUCCUGGAGAGGAUGGAGCCACCCUGGAAAACCUGGCCAAGGAAAAAAUCCCAUUUUUGGGGCUGGAAUUCAAAUUCCUCCCUCCAGGAGAAGAGGAUCCGGAUAUGGGAAUGGGAACAAGAUCCCAACAAAAGCCCCAAAAUUCCAUCCAAACCCCGGCUUUGUUUUCCCCUUUUCCCAACCCUUUGGAAGCCGAGCGGCAGCAGAGGGAGCUUCUGGAAAAGCGAAUUCCAGAGGGAACAUCCAGAGAGGGGAGGGAAUUCAAGACUGACCAAUAUUUCCUGGAUAAUUCCCUGGAUUUGUGCUGGACUUUUCCCACAUUUCCUGGCUUUUCCCACAUUUCCUGGCUUUUCCCACAUUUCCUGGCUUUUCCCACAUUUCCUGCCCGUCCCCCACCUGCUCCACUCUGCUCUGGAAUCGAGGAAUAAAGGAGAGGGAUUUGGGAA